AUGCUAUUGAAUAAAGGGCUACUAGCAAGUUUGUUAGCUUACACUACAACUGCUUUUGAUUUGCAGCAUAUAUUUUACAAAGAACAGUAUUCGUGUCCGAUUAGUCUACCGGCAAGUUGCUCAAACAACACUGAGAUUAAGGAUUCCUGCUGCUUUGAAUUCCCUGGUGGCAUCAUGUUACAAACACAAUUUUGGGAUUACAUACCGCCUAAAGGGGUUUCUGACCCGGAUGAAUUAGUUAGGCAUCUAGGGCCGUUGGAUUCUUUCACAAACCACGGUUUAUGGCCGGAUAACUGUGAUGGAACCUAUGCACAGUUUUGCAAUAGAGAAAGUAACAUUGAUGAUGUUUGGCAUUUACUAAACGAUGAUCAGUUCAACGGGAGAGAUGAUCUUCCGAUCAACGGAACUGAUUUGUUAGAAACUAUGGAUAUGUAUUGGAAAAGUAACACAGGUGAUGAUGAAAGUUUGUGGGUACACGAAUAUAAUAAGCACGGAACUUGUAUUCGAACAUUAUAUCCGGAUUGUUAUAAAAAAUGGGGAGUGGCUGGGAACAGUAAGAAACAAGCAGUUUAUGAUUACUUCAGAAUCGCCAUGAAAUUAUUCCAUGAUAAAGACACUUAUCAGACAUUAAAGUCUGCGGGAAUUGAACCGAGUGUGGAAAAGAGCUACACCAAACUUGAAAUAUCGAAUGCAUUAAAAGAAGGUCACUCUGGUGAAGUAGUACACUUCUUAUGUGACAGACAUGGUUCCUUGAACCAAAUUUGGUACUUCCACUCAUUGAAGGGAUCCUUAUUAGGAGAAAAAUUUGUACCUAUUUCUGCGCUACCCAAAGGUUCUAAUUGUCCGGAUGAUAAUAUUAAAUGGUAUCCAAAGGGGCAUGUUCCAUCCUCUUAUAGACCUCCAAAUGGCAACCAUCCUGGUACCAGGGGUGUUGUAAGAAUUGGUAACGGUAAAGGGUUUCUAAUCAAAAAUGGACAUUGGUAUUUAAAGGGAACCCCAGCUAAUUUCUUCUUGAUAGAGGCACCAUUUGGAAACUAUUAUUUGAAGACAAGAAUGGGAUAUUGUGGUAUCGAUAAUUCUAAUAAAGUGUUGGCAUGUAACAAAAACGUUGCCCAAGCCGCUCAAUUCGAAUAUGACGCAAAGAAAGGUUACAUUGGAUACAACGGAGCUUAUGAUUGGUAUGCAACCAAAUAUCCAAGGGGUAACCAACAAGCUCCUGUGUACGCAGGUUCAAACGAUGAUGGAUACAAUUUCCAAUUGAAAUUCGUAAAAGCCUAG